CAGCUCGACGGUGAGUCUGUGGUUCGCUGUAUAAGGGUUUACUUACAGCGGAUUUUUGAGCUGUUAAUUUCAACGAAACUCGACACUAAGAUUCUGUCGUAAGAAACCGUGCGUGGAUUAUGUUUUAUUUAUUGUGACGAGGAUAAAAUAUUCGUUUACAGGUAACACACAGAGGCACGCCUGAGAUAGUAGAACAGUACGGGACAACCACUCUCAGGCUGACGGCGCUUUCAGUUUACAUGACUGUGCAUAUCAAUCGAUACUACACGGUUGACAAUAUUUUCAGCAAUCUUCACUAAGGAUUCAAAGAAGAUGGUCCUGCACUCGUGUCUGUUGUUUGCUGCAGUAGUGGACAUUGUGACGUCACUAUAUGUUUACCUCGCCAGGGACAUGUCGUUCCCAACCUUGGCUAAGGCGAUGUACCUGCCAGGCGUCAUAUCGCUGGCCUUUGUGGAUGAUGUAGGGCGACUAUAUGUGGCAGAUAGCGGGCACUCAAUCGGUAUAUACAAGUGUUGUAUACUCGGUGGUGGCUGUCGUUGUGACCUACGUGUUGGUGUAUGGGUGUGUAGGCCUAGGGGUCUGCCUCGGAUGGACAGCCAAGUCCAAGCCUUCUUCAGUGCCCACACAGAACCACAUCUCGAUCACGGGUUUCAUCAGAGCGGCUGGAGAAGAGAUGGGCUGGCGUUGUUAUCUCCUUCCUUGUCUCAUGUCUCAGCUUACGCCACAGGUGGCUCUCCUCAUUAGUGGAAUCGCUUGGGGAUUGUUCCAUGUAGCUGUGAUGAUCUUGCUAACGAAGAAGCUGAAAACAGAACAUCCGGUCCGAACAGUAAUUGUGCAGUGUGUGUCUUGUGUUAUGUCCGCCUACCCCCAUGGCUGGCUCGCCAUUAAAGCUAGCUACUCCGUCUGGCCAAGUACAUUACUUCAUUUCUGGUGGAACAGGUUGAAUCCCCACGUACUGGGGAGUAUAUACACCAACACCCCCGGGGUGUACUAUGGACAUCAGUGGAAGAUUAACGGCGAGGGACUGUCGGGUUGUGUUGUCAUGGUACCCAUAGCCGUACUCGUAUCUAUGGAUCUCAACCAGGCGUUAUGGUAAAUCGCUUGGAAUAUUAAUGGUGUCACUCGAAUGAAUUAGGUUGUACAAACGAACAUAAAACAUAUUUCGUUAUACAGAAUUAUUGCAGUAUUGCGAUUCGAAGUGAUGAUGUUAAACAACUGUGUUUACUGUAGAAUAACCCUGGUUAUUCCGGUCCUCAUAAAGAAUGGAUCGAGUAUUGUUUUUAUAACGUACAUGUAUGGCAAGUCUAUAACAGGGUGAUUCGGGAUAAACUGCAAAAAAGGUUGACGGGACUUUAUGAAGUGCAGUAAAACCGUCCUAAGACAAACAGGCCUAAUACGAAUAUUUGCUUAUCCAUGAUAAAGUAGAAUCCCCGAAUUUGGCACAACUGUAUUUAUCUUUUAAAUCCCUAUACUAAAUUUGACACAGUCGUAAUUGUCUCAAAUUCCUAUAAUGAAUUUGACACCAGGUAUUUAUCCUAAAUUCCUGUAAUAAAUUUGACACAGCCGUAAUUGUUUCAAAUCUCUAUAAUGAAUUUUACACAACCGUAUUUAUCUUAAAUUCCUAUAAUGAAUUUGACACAACCGUAUUUAUCAUAAAUUCCUAAAAUUAAUCUGACACAGGCGUAAUUGUCUCAAAUUCAUAUAAUGCAUUUGACGCAACCGUGUUUAUCUUAACUUCCUAUAUUCAAAUGCGAACAUAACGAAGUCUUUCUUUGGUUCCACUGGAAUUCGUUAUAAACACGUUUUACUGUAUAAACCAACAAAUUAUUUGCAAAAAAAAAAAAAUCGCACGCGGUAGAAAUAUGGUUUGUUAGUACUUUUUGGACGUAAAUAGAUGGUCCCGAAGGCUUUAUCAAUAUGAGGAACGUUGUUGGUAAUGUUAACAGAGUAAAAGUGAAAUAUCAUCAAAAAAGUUUGAGAGAGCGACAUCAUUUGUCUUACAAGUACUUAUCAAAAGAGGGUCCCUCGAACUAAAGGAAAUUCUGUAGAACCUUGAUUCCAAAUUUUACUUGCUUUGUGUAUUAACUUCGGUAUAACGGUAUAGCUUGGUAAUUCUGUCUAAACUUCUGUACAACGGUAUAGCUUGGUAAUUCUGUCUAAACUUCUGUACAACGGUAGAGCUUGGUAAUUAAGUAAAUACACGUAUUUCUGAUAAAGAUAUAAACGCUGGCUAAAUUCGAAAACCGAUUUAACUCCUAAAAUGGGGUAUAUAAUGUCUGAUCCAUAGUAUGAUAGUAAAGCUUCCAAUUUCUGUUUCUGUGUGAAUGGAUAACGAAAAAAAAUCUCCGUAACAUGGUAACAUUUCGGAGAAAAAUCUGUUUUUCUGUGAGCAUUUGACCUCUGGUCAUUGUCUCUUCUUUGUAGUUGUUCUGUGAGAACCACUUAUUAACCUAUGUCUUCAACGUAUCCAGUGUUAAAGUGAUAUCCCUGUAUGUCUCCAAGGGGUGGUCAUCAUCAUAGUUAUCAUUAUUGAAACUCGUUAUGAAAGUCCUCUUGUUUAAGUUCAUUAUUAAUGUUUAUUAUGAAAAAUAAUAAUCGGGUUAAAAUAACCAUGGUAAUUAAAAAUUACUUCGGUACCAUAAGGUCCGUCGUGCUGCUUGGUUAUAAACAUUUCCUGUGUACUGUUAAUAUGUUUCUACAAUAUUUUAUAAAGAUUUAUAAAGAUUCAUUUAUUAUAUAUAUGUACAAUUUUGUAUUGAAAGACUAAUAUUCUAUAAAUAAAGCAAUGGUGUUAUGAAUGUUAUGAAGUA